CAGCUGAUUUUAUAAAUAAUGGUUGUAUGAACAAUGUACGUAAGCAGAAGAACAAGAAAAAUGAAAUGAAAAGUAACCAAUAUUAAUUUCGAGCACUGGUGGGGUGGAGGUGAAUACUAAAGAAAAAUGAUGGUACAAACAAAGAAAUUUGUUUGCGCAUGACUCAUUAUUAUCAGCACUUGAUUACUGAGGUACAGAGAUUUUUUCUAAGAACCGCCUAAAUUUUACCAAUGAACGCGAGUCAGAAAAUUUCGGCUUUUUCUUUGGCCAGAACGACGAUAUCAAGUCUGCUCGAAUCCCAAGCUGUCCAAGAUAAAUCCUCCAGUUAUGAUGUGACGAUCGACUGGGCAGACAACACAACUACAGAAGAAUUAUCCACCUUAGCACCGACCAAUCCAUUCAUUCUGCCAUGGUGGCAACAAGUAUUUUUCAUUAUCAUCUUUCUCGCCAUGAUUAUCGCCUCGAUCGGUGGAAAUCUCAUUGUUAUGUGGAUAGUUCUCUGGCACAAGCGUAUGCGAACCGUAACCAAUUACUUCCUUUUUAACCUGGCAUUGGCAGACGCUCUUAUAUCCGUCUGGAACACUCUAUUCAACACAGCAUAUUUGUUGUAUAGUAAUUGGUGGUUCGGUGAGGACUUCUGCAAAUUUUCCAUGUUCGUAGCUCCUUGUACGACGUCUGCCAGUGUGUUUACACUUAUGGCCAUAGCUAUCGACAGAUAUCUGGCCAUUAUGCGAUGGGUGAGAAUGUCAGCGAAAGUGGUCAUUGGACUCAUCGUAGUCAUAUGGUUGGCCUCUUGUCUCAUAUCGCUACCGCUGGCUAUUUAUUCCAAGACCGAGACUUUUAGCUAUGCUGACGGCUCAACGCGAACCCUCUGCCUCCAAGAGUGGCCAGGCAACCAGAGAAGUUCAAGUGUUGAGUUGGGAUACAACAUUUUCUUGAUCAUUGUCAACUAUUUUCUGCCCAUGUUUAUUCUAAUUGUCACAUACACGUUCCUGGGAAAAGAACUUUGGGGCAGCAAAGCAAUUGGUGAAAAUACUUCCAUCCAGCAACAAAGAGUCAAAGCAAAACAAAAGGUGGUUAAAAUGAUGAUUGUCGUGGUGAUUAUAUUUGCUGUCUGCUGGCUACCAAUGCAUCUAUACUUCUUGCUAGUCUCAUCGUUUCCCAGUAUCAACAGCUACCAAUACAUUCAACAGAUAUUUCUGAUUAUUUACUGGAUGGCUAUGUCCAACUCUAUGUACAAUCCCAUCAUAUAUUGCUGGAUGAACGCACGGUUCCGUCAAGGUUUCAAACUGGUCUUCUGCAUUUUUCCUUGUGUACAUGUACAAAAAAAGAGACGCCCUGAUCGUAACAUGACUCUUUCAAUGAGUAUGUCGGAUACAAAGGGUGUCAACCGAAAUGGCUCCUUGAUGCACACUACCGUGGAGAAUAUGGAGGAAUCAUACAAUAGUCCGGAAACAAUUCAAGAAACGGAUUGGAAGCAGAAUAGUAAAGACGAUCCAGCGGCAGACGAUGAAUAUUUGUAGAAAGCAGAAAAACGACAGGGAAGAAAAUGACAGAAAUGAAAUGAAGAAAGAAAAUUAUAUUUAAAACAAAAAAUGACGUUAAAGUAUAGUAAAAAUAACAAUAAUAAAGGGAGAUCACUUCUUAA